AUGGAAGGAUUGAACGUGCUCGUGACCGGCUCCACGUGCGGAAUCGGACUGCACACCGCAAAAAUGCUCUUCAAAAAGGGCGCCAAUGUCAUUUUGACGUGUCGCGACGAGGUACGCAAUUUUUCUGAAAUUAAAAUUGUUUGUUCUAAACGAAAUAGCAUAUCCAGUGUCCUGGACUUUUGGCCCACUUGCAAUAAUUCGAUCGGACCCAAACUCUGCAGCAUUUUUAGACUCGGAUUGAAGUAUUUCGGGUCCAAGUUUCAGAUCGAUCGGAUUAUUUACUGUCGAGAUAUAGUGCUUGAGUUUUGGCCGGAAAGCCCGGGCUUUCGGUCAAUGAUCCACAUAAAUAUCUCGCGACCAGAUGAUCCGAUCGGUCUGAAACUUGGACCCAAUACACUUCAAUCCAAGCUCAAAAAGCUUGCAAAGUUUGAGCCCGAUCGGAUCAUUGCAAGUGGGUCAAAAGUCCAGGACAAGGGUCGGCCAAUUGCCCAACACUGCAGUCACCGAUAGAAAGGGCACCGGGACAUUUCGAAACCGGACAUUUCGAAACCGCGACAUUCCGAAACCGGACAUUUCGAAACCAGACAUUUCGAAACCGCGACAUUUCGAAACCAAUUCAGUACAAGUAUUUAAAAAUUCAAAAAACCGCCAAAUUCGCAGUAUGGACAGUAUUUUUCGUAUUGCAGUUUAAAAAUGUGUUCUUUUUCUGCUGGAAAUAGCUGUUUCACUGUUUUUUCGGCUUUGUUCUGUGUAUUUUUUUUUGAUUUUGUCAAGUUAUACGUUUGUGUUAGUAUAAAUAGUCCGAAAUCAUAAUGAAUUGCUAAAAUACACUUAACAUGCAUUUCUACCGCGAAUUUGGCGGUUUUUUGAAUUUUUAAAUACUUGUACUGAAUUGGUUUCGAAAUGUCGCGGUUUCGAAAUGUCUGGUUUCGAAAUGUCGCGGUUUCGAAAUGUCCGGUUUCGAAAUGUCCCGGAGCCAUAGAAAGAACCCUCUGAAUAAAUAACGUGCCCGGAGCGAAAACAUUUUUGGCCAUGUGAAUCUGGAGAAAACAUGAUUUGUUUCGGAAAAUUGAAUGAACAGCAAUUUGCUGCUGAAAUUUGUGUUUUUUGGGGAUUGAUACAGAACAACGUCGAUGCACAGUUGUGCAGUGUGAAAUAAUUUUCUCGAUUUUCUCGAUUUUCUCCCCGGGCGCCUCCUUUAAACAAAUUGUUUGCCAGGUGCGUGGGCGUCGAGCCGUCGAAAGCCUGCUGAGCGACGUGGCGCCGGAUCAAGCGCAGAAAGAGUCGGAAAGAAUUCAUCUGUACUCGGUGAGCUUUGAGAAAUUUUUACGGGUUUACAGAAUUUUCCCGCGGAUGCAUUUCACAUGCUUUACGAACUUGUUAAAAUUUUAUUCGAAUUUUUCAGCUCGACGUCACCAACUACAAUUCGAUUUGUGAAUUUUGCGAGGACGUCGCCCGCGACUUUACCCAUUUACACGUGAUUAUCAACAAUGCCGGCAUCAUGGGAUGGCCUUUUGAGGUCUUCUUUUUUUUUCGGUUUCUAAAAAAGAGUAUUUUGGAAAUGUUGGGAAAAGUUUUCAGUUGUGCACGGUCGCCAGAGCUUAAAAUAGAUGCAAACCCGCUCCCUCUGGGAACUCGAUCGCAAUCUAAUUAGAAGCGGUUGCAAUCUUGCGAUCGCUGCGAUUAGAUUGCAAUUUUUCUAAUUAGAUUGCGACAUCUUCUAAUUAUUAUAGGGGCACCGAACAGAAAGGGCGCUCUAUUGAGAAACUUUUUUGCAGUGCAAAUUGAGUGAGCUCGGGGCCGAGUUUGAAAAGUUAGGCCACGUUUUCAGUGGAAAUUUACUUCGCGGACUAGAAAUUCGGCCAGAUUGCGAACAGAGCGCCCUUUAUAUUCGGUGCCCCUAUAAUACAUUGCAAUAUUUUCGUAUUCGAUUGCACUGUUUUCUAAUUAGAUUUCGAUGAUUUCUGUUUCGAUUUUAGACAACUUCAUUUGUUCAGUUAAAAUUGAUUUAUUCUGUCGAAAAAAAUAUCAAAAUGGGAAGAAGAGAAGGAAAAAAGGACAGAGGCACGGUCUCCAGAGCUGACAAUAUGGGCGUGUCCUCGGCCAAAUGGCGUUUUCAUGAAAUGAGCAGGUUUUCUCUGAUUUUUGUGGUCAAAGGCGAUGAAAAAUGAUUAUUCGGCAUGAAAACACACUAAUUCUCUGAAUUAAUGACGUUUUGGCGCUUUUUCCCGGACUUUGCUUUUUCGCCUUCGCCGCCGAUCGCCGCCUAAAAACCGCACUUCUCAUUUUGCGCUUUCUUGAUCGAUAAAUGUGAUUUGCGACGCUCUUGCGCUUAAAAUAUUCGUAUUGGCCUAUACAAUCGGUCUAUCGGGAGACAAAUGAGAAAUUAUCGGUUUUUCGUGGCUAUCUGGCAACAAAAUCUAGCAAAAACACAAAUUUUGCUGUUAAAAUUUGAAUUUCGCGCCAAUGUAUCGCUCUAUUUGGCUCUGGCGCUCUGUAAGCUCUGGGGGCCGUGAGAGAGGGAAGAAGAUAACGAAAAAAGGGCAGAGAGAUAGGGGGAAAACAUGACACGAGAAAGAGACAGAGUGGCACAAAACGAGAGGCAACGAAAGACAGAACAGGGAGAAAUCUACAAAACCUGCUUCCUAUGCGCUGGAGGUAGACGGCUGUUAACCGUCGUUUCGUGCUUCCGGUUCCGGUUUCUCCAGGUGACCCGAUCUAACCGCCUUCUUUUGCUCGUAACGAGCUCGAUUGCUGAAAAUAACAUCAGUUCGUUUUGAAAGGCACAAAAGGUAAACUGACAAAAUGUAGGUUAAGUGAUUUUUGAAAAGAAGAGCGACGGUGGUGGACACUUUUUUCUCGUCGGCGCCAGUGAUGAUCAGGCACUUCUCGAGGAUACCUACAAGCAGUAAAUGAACCAUUUUUUGGAGUGACUGACACUCACUAGCCCGCGUGUUGAGGUAUCUGCUCGGAACCGUGUUCUGCGUGGGUUGCGGUUUCAGCGAGGUACUGAGGUACGGCAAGGCUUCGUAUGGAAUGACCUGUUAUCAGAAGUAGUUUUCAGUCUUUAUUUUCAAAGUCUCUGUUAUUCUGUUGACAAAAACGUUUGCAGAAUUUUGGAUCACUGCUCGCAACGUUCCAACUUGCUAACUUGUUUUUGCUGAGAAUGAGGUUCUUCAGCUUCUGCUCAUUCUUCACUUCAUCGCAUUCAAAAUAGCGGUCAACGGCUGCAAAAAAGCUUCCUGUAUUGUACUCUGUCAUGAUUUCACGUACCUACUGCCGACUGUGUUGUUGUCAGAAGGAAAAAGCAGCAGAGGAGGUCGUUUUCCGAAAUUUCUUUCCAAUCUCGAGCUGAAGAUUUUUUAUCGAACUUUCGUCAUGCACUUAGAACCGACCUCUUUCAUCUUCAUCAUCUGAAUUUCUCGAAUUUGCCGGUUCCUCAAUAUCACCACUUUCUUCAGUGUCUCUUUCUUUAUUUUCAUCUUCGAAAUCAAAAAUUUCUUCGAAGUUCGGCAUCUCUUCAAAGUCCACCGAUUCCAGGAAGUUCCCGGGUUCCGUGUUCGGCGCGAUGCUUUGGACGACUGCUUUUCGGGCGCCAUCCUCAAGAAUGCUUCUUGUGGUGACGCGACAUGAGUUCAUUGAUACGUACCGAAGCUGUAAAAAUUGAACAUUAAUUUUUUAGGAUUCCAAUAUUGCAUGCGUUUUUUGUUUUACUUCAAUAAUGUCAAAUAUGAAGUAAACGCAAACCGAAAAAAUUAGCACUUAUCGAAAAGUUGUCAUUUCCUGAGAAAAUAUAUGAUAAUUUAAAAAAAUAGGGCAAAACAGUGAUAGAAAAUUAUUUCGUGUUAGGCCUAAUUAGGGGUUGCAAGUGCGCUCGAUUGCUAAAUCUUUGUAAUCUAAUUAGAUUUCACUGGAACUUCAAAAUCAUCUCAUUAGAUUGCAAUGCUUUGAAAAUCUAAUUACACUGCGAACUUCAGGAAAAUUCGAUUGCAAUCUAAUAAGAUUUUACUGAAACCUCAAUCAAAUCUUAUUAGAUUGCGAAAUGGAGCCUUUUCUAAUUAGAUUGCAAACUCUUCUAAUUAGAUUCCUUUUUUGUUUUAAUUAGAUCACUUUGUUUUAUUUAUUUUUUAAAUUUUUUUUUGCGCGACAUUUCGAAGCGAAUUUGCCACAAAAAUCCACAAAAAUCCACAAAACAAAUCCACAAAAAUCCACAAAAAUCCACAAAAACCACAAAAAUCAAAAGUGCUCGAAUCAUGUAAAUGCCAUUUGGCGGAGGCCACGAGACCAUAUUGUAAGCCCGUCUGAAUUAUAUACUUUAAAAACUAUUCAACAAAAAAAGUGAGUUUUGCAGUUGUCGGUGGACGGAAUCGAAAUGCACUUCGCGACGAACGUCUUCGGCCACUACGUCAUCGUCGAACGUCUUCUUCCGCUUCUGAUCGACUCGGAUCGGCCCGAUUUCAAGUCACGAGUGAUCGUCGUCUCCAGCGGACUCUACCGAAAUGUGAGUACGCCUUUUUCGAACAAAAAAAAUAUGUUAUCGGUUUCAAAAAAUAAUUUUCACACAUUCUUUUUGCAGGCACAAACGAUACCACAAGUGUCGAAAUUGCUGGGCGAAAAAACGUACGAUUACAGUUCGAAACACGCGUACGCAUUCAGCAAACUGGCCAAUUGUCUCUAUGCCGUCGCACUUUCCAAGUCGGUGAUCUCUCGAAUUCAAAGGGUUAACCCUAAUAAUAAAGUGUGUUUGUGCAGAGUUCUGGAGCCGCACAAUAUCGGCGUGUACUGUGUGCGGCCGGGAUUCGUGAACGGGACGGAACUGGGCCGCGAGACGCACUGGCUGCUGAGGGCUCUCGCCGCGCCGCUCAUUUGGCUCAUUGCCAAGUCCAUCGAUCAGGUUUCCCUUUGCGAAGCAGAAACUCUGCUGUUUCCAAAUAACUAUUUUGCAGGGCUGCGAAACGAUAGUGUUUUUGGCUGAAACUGCGGGCGAACAGCUGAAAACCGGCCGAAUGUACUACGAGAAACAAGAAGAGGCCUACAAUGACAUGGUCCAUACGGUUGGUUUUCGAGCGAAAAAAAGUGCAAAUAGUGAGAAAAAUUCCCCAUUUUUUGCAGAUGUCAAUCCGUCAAGUCUGGGCGAUUCUGCGACAUUUGGAGGACAAAAUCUGGAAGCGAAAUGCGCAAUUAACGGAUUCGCAAAAAGAAUCGGGAGCCAAAAAUCGAGAAUUGCUCAACGAGAAUCUGAUUAUCAUGCAGCCGAAUCAAGCUUAA